GUACACAUCUCUCAAUUUUACUAUUACGUUGACCAAAAAGAAAAGAAAAGAAAAAGACCAACUUGUAAUGCCCAACGUCCAGUUCCAGUAUUUAUCGAUCCCGUGAGGAAAAGCUUGGUUAAGGCAGAAAACAAAAUCAACUUUCUGGGUGCAGUGCAUGCCAUCUCCACAUUUUGUGGCAGCAAUUACACUUUGGAAUGGAGAGCUCUCCCUCGCCUACAAUUCAGGCCAAAUAUGAUCUUUUGAAUGCACUACAAGAUGAUACAUGCCAUUCAAUUGGACUGUUUGGAGAGAGGGGCUCUGGUAAAACAGCUCUAGUGAAAGCCGAGAUACCCGAGUAUCGGAAGAUCUUUGAUGCAGUUGUAUUUGUCACUGUGAAACCAUUAGAUAUCUGGAAGCUUCAACACCAAAUUGCUCUCCAGUUCAGAAUAAAUAUGGAGUCCGUUAAAAAACAAAGUGCAAGAGCAUCAGUGAUACAUUCUGCAAUAAAAAGUAAAAAUAAAGCUCUUGUCAUCUUUGAUGAUGUUUCCACAGGCACAGCUGACUUCAAUCUACAAAACAUUGGUAUUCCUAAUCCUAGUAUGAAGUGCAAGAUUCUUUUGAUCACACAUGACAAAAACUUCUGCAACAUGAUGAGAUAUUACUAUUGGAUUCCUAUGCAUCCCCUGCAGUCCUUCCCUUCCGGAAACUUUGGGUAUUAUUUCAACACUACAAAAGAGGCUUCUCAGAAACUUUUAGAGGCACUAAAUGAUGAUAGCUGCUAUGUAAUUGGAUUGUACGGGAAGAAGGGUUCCGGUAAAACAUCAUUGGUGAGAGCUGAGAUUGACAAGUAUAAAAUGAUUUUUGACAAUGUUUUGUUUCCCACUGUGUCAAAAAAUCAAGAUAUCUCAAGCAUUCAAGAGGGAAUUGCUAACAAGUUGGAUAAUGUUCAUUUUGAAAGAGAUGACAGUGAUCGUGUAAGAUUAAUGAAAACAAAUUCUGCAUUUGAUGCUAUGGAUGGAACUACUCUUGUCAUCUUGGAUGAUUUCCCAACAAUUUAUAAACCGCAGGAACUUGGUAUUCCUUAUGGAGGGAAACAGUGCAAGGUUCUCUUGACCACACGUGAUGAAGCAGAUUGCAUCUCGAUGGAAUGUGACCGUUCAAUUUUUCUCAAGCCCUUAUCUGAUGAUGAAGCUUGGGUGCUGCUACAAAAGCUCUCAGGUGUUAACUACAGAUCCACUCUAUUAGACGUGGCCCAGAAAGUUGCUUUUAAAUGCAAUGGGCUGCCUGGUCUAAUCAAAGAAGUGACAUCUUCCUUAAAAAAGAAGUCUGCUCUAGAGUGGGAAGAAUCAUUAGUCAGUCUAAGCCACUCGACCGCUCGUUACCAGAUAUUUAUCAGUUUUCGAGGAAUGGAUACUCGAGAUGAUUUUACAAAGCCUCUAUAUCAAGGAUUGUGUCGGGAGGGAUUCGUGACCUUUAAAGAUGAUGAAUCAUUGGAGGGUGGGUCUCCAAUCGAGAAACUCCUUGAUGACAUUGAAGAAUCGAGGUUUGCAAUUAUUAUUUUAUCUAAGAACUAUGCAGAAUCUGAAUGGUGCCUUAAAGAACUUUCUAAGAUUCUUGAAUGUAAAGAUCAAGAGGGGAAGAAUCAAUUAGUUUUACCAAUCUUCUACGAAGUGACACCCACGGAAGUAAGGCAUGUAAUAAACAGAUAUGCUGAUGCCAUGGCCAAACAUGAAAAGAAUGGAAUAGAUUCCAAGACAAUUCAAGCAUGGAAGAAGGCUUUGUUUGAUGUUUGUACGCUGACGGGAUUUGAAAAGCCUUCCGAUUGGACCAGAGAUCAAUUCAUAGGGAAGAUCGUCAAUUUUGCUUGUGAGCACAAACAUCGCUUGCAUAUACAAAGCAAGUAUAUGAAUUAGAAGAUUUCAACUUCUCAUUUUUUUUUUCGAAAACAGAAGAAAUUUCAACUUCUCUUUUACAAUGAGUGAAACACACAGAAUUGGUUGUAGUAAUGGUUAUUGGCUCAAAAAUGGAUUGUGAUUGCUUAUCGUUUUUUAUAUAGAUGUUCUUUGAUUGUGAUUGUAAUUUGUACGUUUUGGACACAUUUCUAUGGAUCGUAUUUAGUAUUUACUAAUGAAUUGAAUAAUAAAAAUGUGUUGAAGAA